AUGGUAAAAAACAACAAGCAGGCAUCCGUCAGCACCACCACGUUCGGUGAUGCAGCAGAAAACACCCCAGCAUUGCAAGAUACCUUGAGAGCCCAACAAGGCCCAUUGAACAUUGCCUCGCAAUUGAAUAACCGCCACCCGCUCGAGGGGAGAGUCCAGAACUGGGAGGAGACACAGCAGAAUACCAGAUUGGAGAUGUACCGCCGAGUUUUUGGAGCCGGAGAGCCCAUUAAGAGAAGCAUGGAAUUGAACAUAAUCGACGCCACGGACUUCAAACCUCUGGUGCUUGGAGGGCCAGACUCCAUGCAUAGGGAUAUUCUAUUAAACAGGGACGCCACGGUUGACUGGGAGGAUGUUUACAAGGGUGGAUUUGAUUCUGGUAGACAUGUUGCAGAUUUCCAUAGUGAGAUGGAAAGACGGGUUGGCAUUUAG